UGUGCAAAAGCAGCACUCUACUAGAUUACGGCCGGGUCCCGGGUGGGCCGGUCGAUCGCUCCGCCCACCUCGCUGCCGCCGCCCCGCCGCCCAGCAAUCCACCUGCGAAGGAAAGAGGAGCCCUCUCUCCUCUCUCUCGCGUCCGAUGGCCUCGAGCUCGGGCGCCGGCGGCGGAGGGCCGCCGGACGGGGGCGUCGGGGAGGGGCCGACGACGCUGGACGAGCUGUACCACAUCAACGUCGUGCCGGCCGAGCUGCACUUCAAGUUCCGCAAGGAGCUCCAGGGUCUCCGCGUCGGCCUCAACCUCGAGUUCUACAAUCUUGAGGUGAAUGAUUUCGAGGCGAAGGUGGUUCUGAAGCCCCUGGACUUCGACCGGAAGUGGAAGUUCCAGUACAAGCCCAUCAGUGGUGACGUACAGCUGCUUUCCAAGAAGAUACCUCUCUCCAAGUAUCUCAACCUUCAGGUUGGAAUUGGUCACAAUUUCCAACUGAAGGCAACUGGAUGGAAAUGGAAGCUUUCAACUUGCUUGGGGGGAGAUGGUGUUUCUCAGAUAAGAAACAAAUCAAAACUCAGCGUGUUUCCAGGGUUUGAUCUGAGGCUUGGAUGGAAAGCUGAAUAUGUGCUUCCUGAGAUUCAUGGGGCCGUUGGCACAGGAGAACCUGCCUUCAGUAUGAACUAUGGGCGAUUGCAAGCAUCCAUAGACCGGAUUGAGGCUAUUGUGACCCAUUCAGAUCGGUACUGAACUUCGUAGGAUGGUGAUGCAGAUAUGGUCGCGUAGCAGUAUGUUCUUUGAUUGCAAUUAUCUCAUCAGAAUCCCAUGGUUCACUCAGUGUCUUUUGAGGCUCUGCAUCUGAUGUACAGAAAUGAGCAAAAACAAUAAUUUUGAGUUUCUCCGGGCUGUUUUGUGGCAUUUCUUGUUGUGGAGGAUAUGAUGAAUAAUACUCUUGCUGCUUGUGGGUUGGCACAUUAAGUCUUUUCAGAAUUCAGACUCUGAAGCUCA